AUGCCUCGUAAAUUGUUGUUGAAUGAAUCUGUUCAGUUGUACGAGCCAUCGAAGAUGUCCAGUAGGAAAUGGCCAAAUGUCAGCCAGAGGAACAAGGCUGAGGAAGAGAGCAGUUGGGAGCUCUAUCUCCUGAAGAUUUGCAUCUUCACAGAAAGACAAGCAGUGAGCAACGGCUUCUUCAUCACUGUAACACUGAGCAUGGAGUGGCUGCUACAGAGAACACUGUUACCUUGUGAUAAAUUAUCAGUCAGCCUGGGGGCCUCUUGCCUCUGUCUGCAGUGGGUGGUGAUGAGGAAGAGCAUUUAUAUUUUCCUGUAUCCACUGGCCUUCCCAUACAACCCUGUACUGCAGUUCCUAGCCUUCCCGGACUUACUGAACACUGCCACCUUAUGGUUCUUCACCCAGCUCAGUGCUUUCUGUUGCGUGAAGACCGCAACCUACCCCCUCCCCAUCUUCCUCUGGCUAAAACAGAAGGUGUCUGGGUUGGUUCCAUGGAUGCUGCUUAGUUCCUUGGGACUCUCCAGCUUGAGCACCAUCCUUUUCAUAGGCAACCAGAGCUUAUAUUACUACUUUUUAAGGAGAGGGUUGUAAUCUUGGAAUGCCACUGGGAAUACUAUAAGAUCAUAUGAGAAAUCCUACUUCUCUUUAAAACUUGCUACCUGGACAGUCCCAACUCUUGUCUUCCUUGUUGGCAUGGUUUUGCUCAUGUCUCUAGAAAGACACACUAAGAAGGCCCUGCUGUAUCACGGCUUUCGUGACCCCAGUGCCCAGCCACACAUCAAGGUUCUCCUGGCUCUCAUCUCCUUUGCUAUCCUCUUCUCCUAUUUUCUUCAUGGUGCUCAGCAUUGCAGGUGUUUUUCCAUCUUGGAAUUUAGGCACUGGGUGUGA